AUGCCUCCACGAAUACAUACGCCCUCCAAGGCAAUAGCCUCCAUCCUCCGAUGUAAAAGGACCCCCCUCCAAAAUCGACAAUAUGCCACCGCGGCAGCAGCAGUCACACCAGCUGCCUCGCACAAUCAGAUGAUAAAAGGAUCACUUCCCGUAUCCCGCUUUCCCUCCACUCAACCACCAUCCUAUAAGCCUCCCGAGUUCCGCAAAUCCCAACUCCUCAGAAAAUAUGCCUCCCUUCUCCGCUCUACCCCCCUCAUACUCCUCUUCCAACAUAACAACCUCAAGGCUAUGGAAUGGGUCGCCAUCCGUCGCGAACUUACCAUUGCCCUCCGAAAAGUCGACGCAGCCCUUGAGGCAGAAGGCCACGGGCCCCUAAAACUCGCAGAGGGUAUUAAGCUCGAAAUCGUACAGACUGGAAUCCUAGCUACCGCCCUCCGGAUCGUCGAAUUCUAUAAACCAAACCCUACGGAUCCAGCAACUCCUUCUUCGGCCACUUUAUCGAUUGUGAAUGCAGGGGACGAUGCAUUGACACAUACACUUUCGAGCGCGGCUCAUCAAGCUAUUUCGAGUAAAAAAAUAAAAAAUGCUCAUGACCUAUCGCCGUUAUUGGCCGGUCCAGUUGUGCUUUUGACAUUCCCCGGUGUUUCGCCUCAGCAUAUGAAGACGGCUUUAACAAUCUUGGCACCUAAUGCUCCGUUAUUUCCUGCUCCCAGAAAGAAGGCGAACCCAGGGUGGCAUGAUCCUACUGUUCAGAGCGGAUUACAGAAGUUAUUGUUACUAGGAGCGAGAGUAGAGGGUAAAGUGUUUGAUGUUGAGGGCACGAGGUGGGUUGGAAGUAUCGAGGGGGGUCUGGAUGGUUUACGAGGCCAAUUGGUAGCCAUGCUAGAAGGUAUUGGUGGUGGAAUUACCAAUACUUUGGAGAGUGCUGCAAAGAGUUUAUACUUUACCGUUGAGGGCAGAAGACAGAUGUUAGAAGAUGAGGAAAAGGGUCCAGCUGAAGAAAAGAGUCCAGCUGAAGAAACUCCCAAGGAGUAA